GCUCGUCCAAAUAUAGUCCAGCACUACAAUAAGUUAAUGGGUGGUGUGGACAUUUGCGACCAACAAAUGGAAGCGUACCGAACAUUUUUUAAAACCCGAAAAUGGACACUAAAGAAUGCCACCAAAGGCUAUACACGAUUUACUAAGUUUUCGGCUUGCGCUAGCGGAGCUUUGGUAGCAGAUCAAACUAAAACGAACGUGGAGUGGUGCUCUGGAUCAGAAUCAGGCGACGUUGAUUUAACUCCACCUUCUAAACGAUACCGUCCAGCAGACCAACCAUGCCCUGAAAAGCGGCUAGAUGGUAUCAAUCACUGGCCAGAAGAAUCUGACCUAAAAUCAGCCCGUAUGUGCCGUCGAAAAGAGUGUAAGUCUCGUACGCGCACGCGAUGCACCAAGUGCGAUGUAUAUUUAUGCUUAAAUAAGAAAAAGAAUUGUUUCACUAUUUAUCACACGAAAAAAUAA